AUGACGAUAGCUACAGAUAGAAACAACUUGGCAGAAAAAGUUAUAGAAAAAGAUUCUACAGUAUCAAAUAUUGAUUGGCAAGAUCCUGCUAAGUGGCCGAAUAACAUCAGCGACAGUUCACGCGUAGCAUUGGUAAAGCUAGGGCCUACAAAAAUAGAUCGGAAUACAAUUUUUCCUUUUGAUACAGAUCGCCGGCGCUUCACCAUAGAAAAUUGUUAUCGAACCCUGAAGAAUGGCGAAAAAAUGGAGAGAUCCUGGUUAAUUUAUUCAGAGACUAAGGAUUCCGUUUAUUGUUUUUGCUGCAAAUUGUUUGGCCUCCGCAACAUUCCAACCCAAUUGCAAUCGACCGGAUUUAGAUCCUGGCGGCACUUGCAAGACAGUUUGAGCUCGCAUGAAAAAUCCAAAAUGCACAUUGAAUGCAUGACAGACUGGAAAGAACUCAAAGUCCGUUUAGAUUGUAGAAAAACCAUCGAUGAUGAGAAUCAAAAUUUAAUCCAAAGAGAGGAAACCUAUUGGAAACAAGUACUUGAAAGACUCGUUGAAAUAAUUAAGCAUUUAGCUAAGCGGAAUAUGGCAUUUCGAGGUACUGUCGAUCGAUUAUACGAGCCGAAUAACGGUAAUUUCUUGAGCCAAGUUGAACUGAUGGCGAAAUUCGAUCCUAUUUUAAGCGAACAUGUACGUCGAAUUCAAAGUGGGGACCUCCAGCGCGUUCACUAUUUGGGAAAGGAAACUCAGAACGAAUUCAUUGACAUACUGGGUAAUGCAAUUUUCAAAGAAAUUAGCAGGCGAGUGGUAGCCGCGAAAUAUUACUCCAUAAUUUUAGACUGCACCUCCGAUAUUAGUCAUGAAGAACAAAUGACUGCCGUUGUUCGAUUUGUCACUGUGUCUAAAAACACCGUGGAAAUUUGCGAGCAUUUCAUUGGCUUCGUUGUUGUAGACGAUACAACUGGUAAAGGAUUGUAUGAAACGUUGUUAGAUAUCUUGAAAUCAAACAAUCUUGAAUUGAAUAACUGUCGGGGUCAAGGGUAUGACAAUGGCAGUAAUAUGAAAGGUAAAAAUAGUGGUGUUCAGGCCAGAAUUUUGAAGGAUAAUAAAAGAGCGUUUUUCGUUUCCUGCAGUUGUCACAACCUCAACCUAGUAGUUUCAGAUGCCGGACAUUCGUCCGUCACAGCUGAACUAUUCUUUGGUGUUCUUCAAAGGCUAUUCGCAGUCUUCGUUGCUUCAACCCAGAGGUGGCAAAUAUUGAAGGAGCACGUUAAUAUCAGUGUGAAAUCAUUGCCUGAAACUCGCUGGGAAGGGAAAAUAAAUGCUGUAAAAGCUGUGAGGUUCCAAAUAGCAGAAAUCAGAGAUUGCUGCGUUGCAGGAACUUUGUCGAAUGUCGCAAGAUUGGUAGUAUGGUAUGAUGUACUGCAAGUGAUCAACAAAAUCAGUAAAGCUUUACAAUGUCCGAAAGUUGAUUUGCGUACUGCGAUGAACAUGAUUGAUGGUGCUCUUCUUCAAUUACAAACCUUUCGAGAAUCCGGUUUCGAAACUUGCAUAGCCACCGCUAAAAAAAUUGCUGAGAAGUUAGAUAUUUCACAAACUUUACCCGAAUCACGUACCCCACGAACAAGACAAUUCUUUGAUUAUGAGUCUCAGCACGACGAACGACCUAGCGAUCCGAUGAUAAGGUUAGAAAUUGAAUUUUUCAACAAAUUAUGCGAUAUAGCGAUAUCAAGCCUACGCGAACGUUUCGAAAUGACCCAAAACGUUUGUGAACCAUUUAGUAUCAUCCGAAACUCGGAUAACUUUAUGAGAUUGGACAGAACCCAAAUUUUGACUAAGUCCAAGGCUUUAGAAAAUUAUCUGACUGGUGAAGACGAGAACAGUGACAUUGAUGGUCGGGAGCUUGCCGAAGAACUGGAAUCUUUAAAAGCUUACUUCGUAGCCGCUGGAAUGACCGACUUGAGUGCACUCGUUAUGAUAUCGCACAUUAUUGAUAAAGGUCUGGAUGAGAUAUAUCCAAAUUUCACUGUGACCUUAAGAAUUUUCUUAACAUUACCAGUAACCUCCGCGUCGGGUGAAAGGACCUUCUCAAAGCUAAAGCUCAUCAAAACUUACCUGCGAUCCACUAUGUGCCAAGAUCGACUGAAUGGUUUAGCUGCGAUGUCAAUUGAGCAUGGAAUUUGCAACGAGUUGAAUUUCAGCGAUAUUAUAGCAUCUUUUGCGAACAAAAAAUAUCGCAAAGUCCCACUUUAA